UUGAUUUUAAAUACGUUUCCAGAAUGGCCGAAAAUUCCCGCAUGUCAAAACUGUCUGAAAAGGAAGAUGAAUGUGUAUUUACAUGGAAAGUUUUCACAGGAUGGGAUUACAUGAUAGGGAACGCUGAAACAGCCCACAACAGAGUCUCGUCGAUCGUUAUGGGCUUCAAGGAAGCCCUUCUGGAAGAGGCAGAGAAAAAAAGAGACAGCAGAAACUGGAGAAUAAUUUCGUCGAGAGUUUUUGUAAACUUGAUGGUUGUUAGUCUUCUAAUAUCGUCCGCUUGGGUUGUAAUCAAAGUUGUGACGAGAUCAACUGAACCAGAAUCGAUGAGUACCGUGUGGAGAAGGAACGAAAUAACAGUGGUCCUAAAUCUUAUUACGACCUCAUUUCCUAUUGGUUUCGAAAUACUUGGUAUUAUCGAAAAAUAUCACCCGAGAAAGGCCCUACGUAUACAACUAGCAAGGAUUAUGGUACUGAAUCUGUUAAAUGUUUAUUCAUUAAUUUUCGCUCAGUUUGUUAAAAUAGAUGGAAUGACAAAACGUUUAAAUGAAAUAAAGCCAAUAUUUUCGAAUGAUACAAUUUUAAAAGGACAUAAUCCGGCGUUGUAUAAAAUUAAAAGCGACCAAACAGAAUGUCUCUGUGAUGGUAUGAAGGCAGUUUCAUCUCCCACAACUCCAAUCGUUCUAAAUGUAACUACCACAGCAAUUCCUCAACUUUAUAACUUUACCACUGAUGAUUACUCAGAAACUUUUAGUCAAACACAAAGUUCCAUUGACGAUAAUGAUUUUGAUACGACAACUUACGAAAGUACAGACUUUCAAAAUGACAACAUCUCAUACACUACUGAACAUUCAACUACAAUUUUGACUAUGAAUGAAUCAACAGACACGUUUUCAUUUAACGAAAGUUCAUUCAACAUCAGUACUUACAAUACGUCUGACAAUAUGUCGGUUUCAACAGAACGGCAAAACUCAAAUAACAGUGGUGACUUAGAUGAAGGAAUAGGCUUAGAUUAUUACUCAUACGAAGACGAUUCUGAGGAUAAUUGGAGCGAUCGACUGAUGAAGGAGCUGGAAGAUAUUAACGAGUUUAACAUCACCACGUCAACGUUUGAAACAGAAACAAAUACAUCCUCGAGCUAUUUAGAACAAAACUUUACAGAUUUUGUGCAGAAUAAUAAUUCUGAAACUUAUACCGAUAGAAGCGAACUCACUUCUGUCUUUUAUGAAAAUGAAACGUCAACAAAUGCUGAUAUUAGUAGUGAAAGUGAAAAUGAAGAUACUUCAUCCGACAUACCGGCGACUUCUGAAACAACAAAUAAUUUCAGCGAAUAUUACAAAAAAGCCGACAAUAAUUUGUUCCGAUCUAUAACAAAAACAUGGAACGACUCGACUGAUGAGUCACAACAAACGACCACUGAAGAAACUCCAAUUUGCGAAACAAUAUGUAAAAAUUUGGCUCUCAAUAACAAAACAACACCGAACGAUAUAACAAAACUGUCUGAUUUGGAAGAAAAGGCUAGCGAACUGCCGUAUCAAAACAGAAGCGAGCUUCGUACACUCUGCUGGGAAACAAUGUUCGGCCAGGAGCUGGUCAAAAUUGUCAUAAUGGACUUGGUAAUGACAGCUUUAGGAAUUCUGGGCGUCGAUUUUUUCAGAGGAUUAUUUUUAAGAGUUAUGAACAGGUGCUGGUGUUGGGAUUUGGAAAAGAAGUUCCCGGAAUACGGUGAAUUCAAAGUAGCUGAAAAUAUCCUUCAUCUAGUGAAUAAUCAGGGAAUGGUAUGGAUGGGAAUGUUUUUUUCUCCUGGACUUGUUUGGAUUAACGUUAUCAAGCUUUACAUUCUCAUGUAUCUUCGCUCUUGGACUGUUCUUACAUGCAACGUUCCACAUUCAGUGGUGUUUAGAGCGUCUAGAUCGAAUAACUUUUACUUCACAUUACUCCUUAUGAUGUUAUUCCUUUGCACCCUGCCGGUGGGUUACGCUGUAGUGUGGGUGGAGCCCUCCUGGCAUUGCGGACCAUUCUCUAAUUACACCAGAAUCUUCCAUAUAUUCACCACAACCAUCAAAAGCAUCGUUCCUAAAAAUCUCCACAAGGUUUUAGAUUACAUUGCAUCUCCUGGGAUUAUUAUACCAUUACUCAUCCUUCUCAUUUUAAUUAUUUACUAUUUGGUGUCUUUAACAGGGGCUCUUAGGGAAGCCAAUAAUGACCUAAAGAUUCAGUUACGCCAAGAAAGAACAGAAGAAAGAAGAAAAAUGUUUAAACUGGUGGACAGGCGACGAAGAAUAGGUUCUGGAGGAUCGGGAGAAUUUGAUAAUACACCUUUCGCCAGAUGGAAGAAAUUGCUGAACAAUCUACCGAAUCAAAAAAGUCUUGAAGAGGUAGUAAAAGAACCAGAAAUGGAUGCCCUGGAUCAAGAACAAAAAGACGGCAACAAAACUAAAGAAAUUUUAGCCAAAUUUAUACGAAAAGCACUAGGAAGGGCAUCAACUUCUGAAGAGGAAAAUCCUCCACUUCCUGACGAUGCUACAGACAACGAGCAGCAUGAAUCUUUACCAGACGAUAUAAAUACACCAAAGCAAGACGUUCGAAGUCCGAAAAGUCCACGAACCAGAACCAAUGCUGUUUUCCAAAACUUUCAAAACACAGUUCAUCUGGCGUUAUCUCGUAAAAGAUCGAACUCAGAAGCUAACGAAGAUCCUCAAAUCAAUCUUACCUCUCCAUCAUCAAUUUCGCCCAAACAUAAAGACACGUCUUCUUCCAGCAUCAAUUUACAUGAGGUGUCUUCGUCAAAACAAAACGGAUCCAAAAGGCACCUAAAAAGUAAUCGGCCACCAAAAUGGACAGACAACAUCCCUUUGAUAACAAUAAGCAAAACCGAGAGCGAUGAUAGUUUGUUAAAAUCGUCCACCAUUGAUAUAAAGGCAAAGACGGAAGAAAGUUCCCAAAACAAGGAAGAAAAGGUGAAAUCAUUUGAUACUGACGUGCCCAGUGGAAGUAAGAAAGUUCCAGAAAACUUGAAAAAUCAAAGUAAAGAAAGGCAUACAAAACCAAAAGAAAAACACUUGAGGAAACAAAGUACGGUUGAAAAUAAUGAAGAUAGUAUUAGUGACAAUGAAAAACACAAAAGCAGUUUAUCUAUUUAAGAUUUUUAUCUAUUUUAUUGCUUACGAAAAUAUAAAUAAGUGUAUGCUGUGGAUUUAAUA